AUGAUUAAUUUUGGACCACGAAUACCGUCUGGAAAUUUGGCCAUCUCUCCAUCCAAGAACAGGUUGUCCGUCUCUACCAGCCGCCACUCCUUCUCCGACACACACGUACCAAUGUCCCUCGUCGAGACAAUUGAUCGUUCGAGUUCGAAACAGGACAGUACAGGAAGCAACUACGUCUACUUACAACAGCAGGCGGAACAGCAUCUCGCCUAUAAAUGUCCUAUGCAGCAUAUGUCCGCAAACACAGUCUUCUCGAGCUAUGCUCCUCAGGCCCAGCUGAGUGACAUUGUCUGGCCUCUCGAUCAAAUGCCCUCAACGGAGCAUCUACAGGGUUAUGAUGGAAAUUAUCAGGGCGAUAUCCCCUACGAAUUGAAUGCAAGUCAUCCCGAUGGCUUCGUGGCUAAAAGUGGCCCCCUGUUUUACAAGUGCCCUCCGACUGACGCUGCAUCGCAGGCUUAUGCGCAGUUAUCGGUGAGCCCUAUCAUACAUUUCAGAGCUUUAUUCCAAUAA